GCUGGCCCGGGAGUCGUAGUCGUCGUGUUAGUCGGCCGCAAAGCCUAUACGUUGCAUACACGCACAGCAGGUCGCGCGAUCGUCGGGAAAAAAGAAAUUAAAAGUGAUAAUAAUAGUAAUAAUAAAGUUUUGUUAUAGUACAAACAUAUUACUAGAGUAAACGAUUGUUUCGCGUUUAUUGUGUCCUUGUCGUUCUGUCCGUUCGGUUCCGUUUAAAUGACUCGGUAAUAUUUUAUAUCAUUAUAUUUCGUUUGGUAUAUCAGCUCACUACGGUUUUCGACGUCCGAUUAAAUUCUUCUGUCGUACGCUAUCGAUAUACAUAAAUUUUUUUUUUGUGACCACAUCGUACCUCACAUAUAAUCAGUUAUCUAUAUAAUACAUACCUACGCGUCCAGUCGUGUCAUGUCGUCGUAUCGUUGAGUCGAGUGGAUGCACAACAGUGAUGUUGAUCGGCAGCGGUACUACAGGAAACUUCGGGAGUUUCAACGUGGAUCAUCCGGGCGGGCCCAGCAUCAUCAGCGGGUUACAAGGAUCGCCUCAUCACGCGAGCACCGCCAGCCAGCCUCAACAGCAUUCGCCGGGUUCGUCAUCGGGCGGUGGUGGCGGCAGCGGUGGUGCCGGAGGAGGUAGCGCCAUGACGCCACUGCUGCCGUCGUUCGGGUUCACCCAGGAACAGGUAGCUUGCGUGUGCGAAGUGCUUCAACAGUCCGGAAAUAUCGAGCGGCUGGGCAGGUUCCUGUGGUCGUUGCCUAGUUGCGAUAAACUUCACAAGCACGAGAGUGUGCUCAAGGCAAAGGCCAUCGUGGCAUUUCACCGGGGUAACUUCAAGGAGCUGUAUCGUUUGUUGGAGAGCAACCAGUUCUCCGCUCACAACCACCCCAAGCUGCAGGCGUUGUGGCUCAAAGCGCACUAUGUGGAGGCCGAGAAGCUCAGGGGUCGUCCGCUGGGUGCUGUCGGAAAGUACCGUGUCCGUCGCAAGUUUCCGUUGCCCCGAACCAUAUGGGAUGGCGAGGAGACCAGCUACUGUUUUAAAGAAAAGUCCCGGAUGGUGUUACGCGAAUGGUACGCCAGCAACCCGUAUCCGAGUCCCAGGGAGAAAAGAGAAUUGGCUGAGGCCACUGGAUUGACUACAACCCAGGUGUCCAACUGGUUCAAAAACCGUAGACAAAGAGAUCGAGCAGCCGAACAGAAAGAUGGUAUGUCCGGUAGUCGGAGUCCCACGGGAAUGGGUGACGGAUGUGAGAAGAUGGUUGGUGGCCCGCCGUCCAACUUAGACUCCAGUUCGUCCGAAUCUAUCGACGGCGACAACAUGAAGUCGCACAUACAUAUGCUGCACAAGCCCAGCGCAAUAUCGUUCGGGCACUCGAUGAUCACAAGCCAGGACCAUUUGUCCAGUCACGAGAUGAUGUUCGGAGGCGGAGGCGACCUCAAGUCGUCGAUGUCCGGCGUCGGGGGCGUCGGCGCGGGCGGCAUGUCCAUGAUGGCAAACUCGGCGGCAGCGGCCGCGGCGUACCACCACCAGACGCAGUUGAUCGGCGGCGGCGUAGGAGGCGGCGGCGGCGGCAUCGUCGGCGGGUUCGGUUCGCCCAUCGGUAGUCGCCCGUUGAUCGCCACCGGUGUCGGCGGCGUCGGCGUCGGCAACGGCGACCACCACAGUCACUUGCAGCAGAUCGCCGCCGGCCAUCCCGCCGAUCCUUCGCUACUGCACGACUACCAUUCCUUAUGACAGUGGGUGUCUGGCUACAACGGUGGCCAGCAAUGAUGUCGUUUAUCGUCAUUGUGCACACAUAUACACACACACACACACACGACAGAGACGCACUCGCACCCGCAAGCCGCUCGCACCCACACAGCACCCACACGCGCAUCGCCCUACGACGACUUGACAAGAACGCACACCACUCGGCGGGACGACGCGUAAUGUAUAGGGUUUCGCGCGAAACCCACCCGUGCGGGUGGGGGGGAUGAAUAGAUCCGAUUCGAUUCGCACGGUGGCGCAAGCGAGUUAACACUUUUCGUUUGCACGUGAUUAAUUUAUGAUAAUAUACGAUGUACAACGUUAUUAUACUAUUAUCGUUUCUCGACCGAUGACGAUGGGGAAAAAAGAAAAACCGUCAACCACAUACCCGACUGCAAGCCGCACAGUGCGAUCGAUUGUCGUCGGGAUCAAAACGCCUUCGGCACAAGCGACGCACUCGAUACGACAUACAUUUUAUAUUACACAUAAGUAACGUUAAAAUAAUAUUAUUUGUACGACGCGAAGUACACGAAUAGUAUACGCAUAUGUAUUAUGUGUGAUGUGGGUCGGGGUAUCGCCCGACUUCAGUGCACACAACUAUGAUGUACAGUAAUAAAAAAAAAAGUUAUAAUUAAUAGAAUAUAUUAUGCGAAUCCCCCCCCCCCCCCCCCGAAAACGACUUUCUGCCCCUCUAUAUCACUGGCCGUCCCUGACUGCACAUUACUCCGCGCGAAUCGUCGCGAGCUGUUCCACUCUAGCCGAAAAUAAUAUUACGUUAUUGCAUCUAUUCUGCAGCGCGUGCAGACGAUGGAUGUCAAAAUAUAACCCACACGUAGGUAUAUUACUGGAUUAAAAAGAUUUACUCACAAACUACCGCUAAUCGCGUAGUUAAUUGAUUAUUUCCCAGUAGUGUGAGGUAACGACGGUCCCUAUAAUUGAACUUAUAGAUUUAUAAUAAUUGUGGUUUGCGUGAAAAACUGAUUGAUUUAAUGGUUCAAUAAAAUUUAAUAGACCAAUCACGAGGGGACUAUUAGCUCAAUAAUAAUUCAUUAAAUGUAUGGUGAUUGUUCACAUUUAAUCCAACCAUUAAAUCAGCCGGUUUUCCACGCAACUCGAUGUUGUUGUUAAUAUAAUAUACAACGACAUAGGUAUGUCGAUCUGUGUUAUGCCCAUAACAGCCCCAGUUUACAAAUAUUAUUUGUUCACUCCCGAAAGUCCACUCCUGCCCUGCAGAUCGGAGGUGUACCUACUACGCCGUGUAAAUGUAUUAUGUUAUAUUAUAUUCAAUUAAAAUGCGACCCAUUUACGCUUUGUUUUGUAAAUAUUAUUAUUAUAUAUUUGCUACCCAUUAAAUAUUUUUAAUUAUCAAAUGCAGGGUAGAACAGAAAUACCUGACAGAUGUCAGUAUUAACUAACAAUUUAAUAAUUGUUAUUUUAGUAUAUAUUUUUUUUUAUUCAAUUACUAUAAUUAAAGCCAAUUUUAUAUA